UGCACCGGAUCGGGCAGCGUAGCCUCCCGACGGCUGCAGCUCAGGGCCGCCGCGGCUUCCCGGGCGGCCGGGCCAUGGCGGCCGCCGAGCCCAAGCCCCCCGCGGGGGCGGCCACGGCCCGGCGCCUGGCGCGCAGCUGCUGGUCCGCGUUCUGGGACUACGAGACGCCCAAGGUGAUCGUGGUGAAGAACCGGCGCCUGGGCGUCGUGUACCGCUUGGUGCAGCUGCUCAUCCUGCUCUACUUCGUGUGGUACGUGUUCAUCGUGCAGAAGAGCUACCAGGACAGGGAGACGGGGCCCGAGAGCUCCGUCAUCACCAAGGUGAAGGGCAUCACCUCGUCCGAGCACAAAGUGUGGGACGUAGAGGAGUACGUGAAGCCGCCCGAGGGGGGCAGCGUGUUCAGCAUCAUUACCAGGAUCGAGGUCACCCCCUCCCAGACCCUGGGGACCUGCCCCGAGAGCGUGAGGGUCACCAACGCCACCUGCGACUCGGACGAGGACUGCGAGGCCGGGCAUCUGGACAUGCUGGGAAACGGUGUGCGGACCGGGCGCUGCGUACCCUAUUACCACGGGGUCUUCAAGACCUGCGAGGUGUCGGGCUGGUGCCCAGUGGAAGACGGGGCCUCGGUCAGCCAAUUUCUCGGUAAGAUGGCCCCCAAUUUCACCAUCCUCAUCAAGAACAGCAUCCACUACCCCAAAUUCCAGUUCUCCAAGGGCAACAUCGAGAACCGGAAGAACGGCUACUUGAAGCGCUGCACGUUCGACGAGGUCUCCCACCUCUACUGCCCCAUUUUCAAGCUGGGCUUCAUCGUGGAGCAGGCGGGGGAGAACUUCACGGAGCUGGCGCACUGGGGUGGUGUCAUUGGGGUCAUUAUCAACUGGGACUGUGACCUGGACCUGUCGGCAUCGAAGUGCAACCCCAAAUACUCCUUCCGGAGGCUUGAUCCCAAGCACAUCCCGGCCUCAUCUGGUUACAACUUCAGAUUUGCCAAGUAUUACAAGAUAAACGGCAGCACCACUCGCACGCUCAUCAAGGCCUACGGGGUCCGGAUCGAUGUCAUAGUGCACGGACAGGCAGGGAAGUUCAGCCUGAUUCCCACCAUCAUUAACCUGGCCACGGCACUGACCUCCAUCGGGGUGGGCUCCUUCCUGUGUGACUGGAUCUUGCUAACAUUCAUGAACAAAAACAAGGUCUACAGCCACAAGAAAUUCGACAAGGUGUGUACACCGAGGAACUCCUCGGGUAACUGGCCUGUGACUCUGGCCCUUGUUUUGGGCCAGGCCCCUCCCCCACCCUGCCCCUGCUCUGAUGAAGACCCAGGCCAGGCGGGCACAGCACAGGAUGAGGGGCAGAGCCAGGCCCAGGCCGCCCCGCCCCCACAGCCCCGCCCCACCUGUGACCCGCCCAAGCAGAUGGUGGACGUCCCCGAGAGGGGUACAGGACCAGGGCCGGGUGCCUCCCAGGACUCCACGCUCACGGACCCCCGAGGUUUAGCCCAGCUCUGAGCCCACCCCCCAUCUUCCAUCACACCUCACUAAUGGCUGGGCCUGGCGGGGCGCCAGUCUGCAGCCCCGAGCCGAGCUCCCUGGCAGCGCAGCUGGGACCUGCAGAAAGAACCUGGGCCCUGCCCACGCACCCGAACGUCUCCUCAGAA